GCUCAUUUCCUUGCUUGCAUUGUCAUAUCAGCUGAUUGCGUCAUUGGAUUUAUAGACAAUAACGCAAAAACAAAAAAACAAGUCGCAGUAUCUCCAUUCUUGUGCUAUUGUUCAUUUUGGAAAUUACCGAGUGUUUAAAAUCUCAAAAUGAAAUUCCAAUAUAAAGAAGAACAUUCUUUCGAGAAAAGGAAGACUGAAGGAGAGAAGAUACGCAGGAAGUAUCCUGACCGUGUUCCUGUCAUUGUUGAGAAAGCCCCGAAGGCUAGAUUGGGGGACCUCGACAAAAAGAAGUAUUUGGUGCCGUCUGAUCUAACUGUUGGUCAGUUUUACUUCCUGAUCAGGAAGCGCAUUCACUUGCGACCCGAGGACGCGCUGUUCUUUUUUGUGAACAAUGUUAUUCCUCCGACGUCCGCCACCAUGGGAUCGCUCUACCAGGAACAUCAUGACGAAGAUUUUUUCCUUUACAUAGCUUUCUCUGAUGAAAACGUGUAUGGAUCUUUCUAAUUCCACAAUUUUAUUACCAUUAUUAUAUCUAAAAUUACUAUACUAAUUACCUUAUGGUGACACUUUAGUUUUAAGGUUUAGUUUAAUGAUCGAUGUAUUAUGUUACAAUGGUGAUAAUUAUUUUUAAUUUGCAAUUCCACUUACGACUUUGUAAAAUCAAUGAUGAUUAAAAUUUAAAAAACAAAUAUGUGAAGAUAAUAUUGCAAUGUUUUAAUCUCUUUGUUUGGUUUAGGAGUGUGAUUAUUUCUGUAUUAAAUAAUAAACAUAAAAACACA